AUGAAUAUCCUAAUGACCUCACUUUUGGCGGUGUUCGGCACUUCCUUGGCCAUGCCUUCGGAUAUUUUAUCGUUGGCGAGAGUUGAUGGGAAUUUUUCCGAGGUCGAAGCUCAGCCAGCUCCUUCGUCUCCAUCCGAGCUGGUGAGAAAACUGAAAAAAAGGAGAAAAGGAAACUUUCAAGUUGUACUUCGCAUAUGCCGUCGACAUUUUCAUUCCUGCCAGCGUCUCUCAACUAACUUGCCUGAAAAAGAGUCAGUACAGCGCUCUUUUUGUUCGGUAAGCUUUUGAAAGAAAGAAAUAGCACCAUAUUUCUUUCAGAGCUUAUAGACCGGAGGGACAAGGCUUUUUUGAUCCAAACUGUGUCACUACCAUUCAAAACGCUGUGCAAGGUGUUCACAUAUUUUGGCAAUCAGAUAAUAAUUCUCUCCGUUCAGUCGGCAUAAACGUCGAAAUUUACAUGACUCCUCAGGCGGUGUCAAACAAAUCAGGCUCCCAACAGCUCGAAGAAGUCUACUACGAACUCCAGGCCCAAGGCAUCACCGUUCGAAGCAUUUGGAUUCAGGUUUUUUUUUUUUGAAAUGAAUAGAAGUUCAAAGAAACUAACUCUUCAGGUUGUUUCGCCAGAAUAUUGGAGCAAAGAUCACUACAAGAACACCGACUUCAUCAACAGCAUCAUCACUCGUGCCACGGUGAAACAGAAAUUUGAAUUUUUAAAUUAAUUAUUCUGCAGCAAUUCGGACUGGUGGUCGGCAUCUACACCAGCCACUACGACUGGUAUCACAUCACCAACAGCUAUUCGCAAUUCAACGUCGACAUCAACCUGUGGUAUUACCACGUCUUCAGCGAUGGUCCCCGAGGAGAGACCAAAGGCGACUUCAGCGAUUUCCUUCCAUUCGGACCCUGGAUCACCCCGUUCGCCAAGCAGUUCGGCCAGAUGGAAACCAUUUGUGCUCUCAAUCCCACCAAUCGGUCAGCCUUUUUUUCGGUUAAUGAUUCUCUUUCGUGGUUCAAAAUAACUGCUGUAGUUUUCGCGAGAUACUCACAAGAGAGAAAAAUUGGUCAGCGCACUUAUUUCAAGUAUGAACCUCUGAAACAUUUAAUUUAGCUAAAGUAAAAGUUCGAAUUCUCAAAAUGAAUUUUUCAGCAGACUCUAAACGGUUCCUGUAACUUUAUAAAAGUCUUUUUUUAAUAAAACUACAAAUUUGUGGGGGUCGACCCUUCCAGGAACCAAGUCUGGUAAAGAUGAAGUCUUUCAUCACUCUUUUUCCGAUUUAGCCCAUCAUAUUCGUAUUCGAAAAACUCCAAAGCUGAUUUUGUUAUAAAAUUGGGAUAAUUUUCAGGCAAAAACAUGAAAAAUUCAGCGUUUUCCUUUCACAUUUGUAUUUGAUAGAUUCAAAAUUUAAAAGAAGAUAAUAUUCCUGUCAAACUUCCAGUGACGCCUACGCACUUGCGAAUACGAAAGCCCGAGCUGCCCAAGAAAAAAAAUCGCUGGCCCUGUCGUUGGAUUUAUCGGAGUGCAAUGAUUUUUAUAAAUAUUUUUUUGAAAAUAUUGAAUAAAAAUAGUUUUGCGUAUUCAAUAAAGCUGGACCAAUCAAAUCAUUUCUCCGGGAACGAAUAUAUGCAGGUUUUCGAAUUGAUAACAGCUGUUGUCAAUUUGGCGAUAAAGGAAAAGGUCAAAAUCUGUAGCUGUGGCUACAAAAAUGACGUUUGUUUGAGAAGAUUUUCCAUAAUUCAUGCACGCUUUUUUUGCUUUUUUUCUUGUUUGCUCUUUUGUCUGCGGGACGUGAAAAAUUUACAAUUGAAAAGAAAAUGAACGAAUUGGAGGAAAAAAAAACAGAUUUCUCUUUCGAAAACUAAAAGAUCGCUCGACGUUUCUCGAUCAUUUCAUGAAACAGAACACAACAUCUUAAAAUUAAUUGAAUGAAAAUAUUCAAAAUUUCAGAUAGAUUGCCAGGAAAAAAAUGAUUAUUUUUAUGGUGGAAGCCUCUUUUUCAAAAAUUUGCUGACUCUUUUUUCUGAGUUUUAAAAAGCUCCAAAACAGUAGGAAAAAAACCGAGCUUCUUUCUUCAUUUUUAUACGAAGGAAAAACGAAAUUUUUUUUACGAGAAAUGUUUCCAAAACUUUCUGAACAACAUCGUAUAACGAAGAGAAAAUGUCAAGGUGACGCUAUUUGAGUGUCUCUCCUAGCUUUAUCAUCUACCGUCAGUUAUCAACGACCUCUACCGGAAAACGUGGGCGUUCUUCUUUUCUUUUUGUUUCUUUCUCUUUCAUUUUACGAACAGAUUAAGAUUGCACCAUCAGAACACAAUAAAGGAUGACGAAUUUCUAUUUAUUUAUUUUUUGGCAGAAAAAGGAAUAUGAAAAUCAUUGGGACGAUUUGUUUGAUCACAUUUGGCGGUAUUGUCUCUUGGCAAUAUAUAAAAGCACGGAGGGAAAUCCCAAAAGCCAACUUUAAAUUCCUAUUCAAAUACAUUUUCCAAUUCAUAGCAUGAAAAAUAUUUUAAUUUUCAUCAUUCUGCCUGGCGAAAAACUGGAAAAAGGCUGUGAACAGCUUAUCAAAAAUUGUUUUCCGAUUUCAACUAUCUCAAAAUGAACGCCUUUCAAUAGUAAAACGUACCAUACGUUUUUUCUUUUCUGGUGGCCUUUUCAACAUGAAAAUCGAUGAAAAAAUUUUUUUCAGAACAUUUUUUAACUAGCUUUCGAAAAGUUCGAAAAAAAAAACUUUCUUUGAAGCCUCCCCACUUCGGUCAAACUUAUAAUUCGAAAGUUCCGGGAAUCAUUGACUUUUGGAGUGAAUUGUUUAUCUAAAAGUCGAACAAUUGAUAAGCGAUCUUCAUCGUUAUCGUAGCAUAUAUAAAUUACCGAUAAACCACUUUCUGGCAGCUUUGUCUUCGAUUUUUUCCAAUGUACACACGUCUAAUGAUUUUUCUGGAACCUUCCCUAAAACGUACUUUUUUUUUAGGAUGCUGAAGUUGGCAGCACUUUUGUCGGUGGCCUGCGCCGCCGUCCUGGCGAUGCCCUCGGACCACGUCCUGCCGUUCGUCGCCAAGUCUUUCCCCAUCAAGUUCGCGGAAGUCAUCGCUGAGCCUGCUCCGGCCGUUACUUCCAACUCAGCCACUUACCAAUACGCUGUCGAUUUCGCCGUUCCUGCCUCGACCAGCCAGCUGAGCUGCCUCAAACAGGCUGGCUACAGUGCCAUCUUUAUCCGGUUUGUCGCCAAUUUAUCGGUCUCUUGAGGAAAGAAUUUUUCAGAGCGUACAGUCCGGCUGGACAAGGUACCUUCGACACCAAUUCCUGCCAAACUAUCAUGAACGCUGCUGCGGUUGGUCUUGGCGUCGAGGCAUACAUCACUCCUCAGCCGUCGUCCAGCAAGCAGGGAUACCAACAGCUCGAUGAAACCUACCAAGGCCUCACUUCUCGAGGAAUCACCGUCCGCAGCAUCUGGAUCCAAGUAUGUGGAAAGAUAAAUUCAGAAAGCCAACCAGCUUUUUCCAGGUGACUUCACCUGCCAACUGGCCUGGUACCGCCACGAGCCACGUCAACUUCCUCAACAGCAUGAUCACUCGUGCUCAGGUUUUUCUCAAAACCAAAACAAUCAAAAACUUCAAUGAUUUUUCAGCAAUACGGCCUUGCCGUCGGUAUCUACACCAGCUACUACGACUGGAACCAGAUCACGAACGGCUGGACGAACGUCGGCAGCCAGGUUAUGGUCUGGUACUGGAGCGUGUUCGGCGGCGGCGUCAGCGGCGAGAGUCCCGCCAACUUCAGUGAUUUCCGUCCUUUCGGAAACUGGAAGACUGCCACGGCCAAGCAGUUCGCUCAGGUCGAGACUGUCUGCCAACUCACAGUGAACAGGUGUAUUUUUUUGCGAAAAUCUUUUUUUUAAUCGCUUUUUCAGAGACGUUUACGCGGUUGGAAUGCCACGAUUGGCCGAUGCAGUUGAAAGCAAGUCGGAAGGACCUGUCGUCGGUUUCCUCGGACACUAA